CUUUAGCGCCGCAGACUCGAGUUCCCAUCACCGAUGUGACACAGGAUGUAUAAUAGGAGCCGGCGUAAAACUAUAACCUAAAAGCGGGCCGAUUCACCGGAAGGACAGGACAGCAGGGAACCGCGCAGCCGCUCAAUGUUGUCGCGCAUGCGCCCCGCGCGGCGCAGCCACAUACAUCAAAGUUGCACAAAGCCCGUGGCCACCAUCACACGCGACUCCGAGCCCUCCGGGAACCACGAACUGCGGGAGCAUGUGAAGUGUUCGAGUGACGGCCCCACGUAGUGUUUCUUUUGUGACUUCGACCACUAUCAUGUACAAGACGGUGCGGCACGGGGAGAACAGCCUGCAGUACACUAUCCUGCCUCAGACCGAGGAGGUCCUCAGUAACAGCGGACUGAAGGGCAAGGGCCGGGACUACAGCCCCUCGAUUCACGUCCGCCGCUCGAAGAGACGGUCGGCCAUCAAAUACUUGCUGCUGGUCGUGCUAGGGAUAAUCGUAGCUCUAUCGUUCGCGUCCGUUCCCCUGUACGUCCUAAAUGGAGCACUGUACGCCCGGCGGAGUCUGCACGACCAGCACGAGCUAACGACGACCUCGUUCAACACCGCCGGCCGGGAGAUCAUCCGGUCGAGGAAAAAGGAGCUGAAGAGUUUCACAGAGGCACCCACGGUGAAACCGACCGUCGAGCCGAGCACGGCCGCCCCGACGACGACCACGGUCGCGUCGACUACGACGACGGUUAACACGGGGACGUCGACGACGCCAUGGAUCAUUCCGUCGCUGAGGGUCUGGAAGGUGACGACCACGUCGACGACGCAGCGGCCGACGACGGAGGACGUCGGGAGGAUUCCCGUCGUGGGCACCCCGUCGGGCAGCGUGCGCCUGCUCGACCACUACAUGUCGAUGAAGCCGUGGGAGAGCGACAUCAUCAUCAGACCCACCGUCACCCCGGAGCCGGUGACCAUACGUAAUAUAUUUAGAUACUACUCCCGUGCCUUUAAGCCGUCGGAGCGCGUUCCCCCGACCGCUGGCAAAGUGUUCGAGGACGUUCUGAUUACGACGAAAGCGACGACGCCGAGGCCGGUCACCGAGAACACGAGGACGAACGAGGUGUCCAAACUGAAGGACCUGAAGGACGCGAUCCUGUCGGUCGACGACGACGACGACUUCAAGGAGUCUCUCGAGGUCGACGAGGUGUUCUCGCUGCCGCCGCUGAAGCCCGAGGGGCCGUCGGACGCCGACGAGGUGACGGUCUCCAAGACGACGGACGGUGGCUGGUACGGCGCGCGCUGGCCUUUCGUCGACACCUCGUCGUACUUCCAGUGGACGGGUUACUCCCCCGGCGACAACCUGCUGCUGCCGCUGCUGGUGGCGGCGCUGUCGUCGGUGGCGCUGGUGCUGCUGCUGGCCCUGGCCGUCAGACGGAGGAAGAGGACUAGCGCCGCUGCGCAACUUGGUACGGCAGCAGACAUGCAGGUUGACGACAACACGAAUCUGCUGACGGCGGAAAACGCCGAGGAGACUGAGGAGUGAGGGCCGCUUGUAGCUUGCUCAAACGCCGCGAAUGCCUCAUGUGAACCCAAUACAUCCACAUAAGUGCCCAAUACCAAAGAUCAAAUAAUACCCAUAUACCAGAGUGUAUAUGUAUGGUCUAUCACUUGUAGAUGGCUCUAUACUAGUUGGGUUAUACACACACAUAAGAAAGAUUUCAGUUUUAUAUAACAACACAUUACGCAGUGUCGAGUCGCGCAAAACUUAUUUGGUAAAAUCUACAAUUUAUAUUAUUGCAAUACUUAAAUAAAAUAAAUAUUGAGAACCUCUGAUCUAAGUGUCAUAAAACACUUUGCUAAAAAGUCUUGCAAAUUGCAUAUAAGACCACGUGUAAAGAUAGUACGUUAACAUAAUAAUAUGCUAAUUGCUACAUGUAACCAAAGUGAUAAACGAUCUAAAUAAACAGAGAAGCGUUGAACGUACGUUCUGACUUGUUUAUAAAUUCUAAUCAGAGUUCUAAUUCUAAAAUGUUUAGAGUUUAUAUUUAAGACCCUUUUUUUACUAAUAAUAUUUUUUAAUAAAUAAAACAGAGUUUCCAAAAUUAGGUCAAAAAAUAAAUAACAAAGUUCGUUAUCAAACUUUGAACAUUUGCUUAUUUUACAUAAGCUUUGACGAUUCGCUCUACAUCCGGCAACCUUAGUACCUGACCCUG